AUGGCCCCGCCCGACCUCCACUCCUGGCUUCCUUUGGUUUAUUACAUAUGAGUUAACUGCGGUGAUGUCAUUCAUUGCUCUGAUAGACUUUUCUAUUGCUCUAGUCUUGCCGCCAGGUCCUCGGAAAGGCGCAUCUGCGUUCUCAGGUUCGGCUUUCGGCUCAUUUGGCCUGGGCUGUGCUGCUCAGCGAUUGGGCCUCCUGGGCAUCGCGUUGCCAGAGGACGGAUGAUGGCCGGAGCUGGGGAAGAUUCGCGGGCGCUCUUCGGGGCUGGCGUCCGCGCGGCGCUGGAAGCCUGGCCGGCCUUGCAGAUCGCUGUGGAGAAUGGCUUCGGGGGCGUGCACAGCCAAGAGAAGGCCGAGUGGCUGGGGGGUGCAGUAGAGGAGUACUUCUUCCGCAAUGCUGACUUGGAGCUAGAUGAGGUGGAGGACUUCCUCGGGGAGCUCAUGACGAACGAAUUUGAUACGGUUGUGGAGGAUGGAAGUCUGCCCCAGGUGAGCCAGCAGCUACAGACCAUGUUCUACCACUUCCAGAGGGGUGAUGGGGCUGCUCUGAAGGAGAUGGCCUCUCACAUUACCCAAAGAAAGUACAGCGUCAGAGCCACUGCAGUUACAACAGCUAGAGAAACGGAUGAAGAUGAUGCGGACAGCGUGGAGGAAAUGGAGGUCACAGCUACGAAUGAUGGGACAGCUACAGAUGGGGUUUGCCCCCAGCCUGAAUCCUCUGGUCCAGACUCCCAGACUAUUAAAGAAGAGGAUAUAGUGGAGGAUGGCUGGACCAUUGUCCGGAGAAAGAAAUGAGUGGGGCUGGAAAUGGUUUGGGCCCUUGCUUGCUAGUUGUUUUGAGCCUUGUCUGUAGGGGUUUUGGGAGGGUUGUGGACUCUUGGACUGGUUCCUCCAUCUCUACCCUCUUCCUAUUCCCCUGUUCAGUUUCCUCCAGGGGAAGAAGAGCCCUAGGGUCCUUGCUCUCGAGGUGGUGUGACCUGGUUCACCACACUCCCUUGGGUCUUAAGUUACUGUCUGCAUGAUGGGCCUCAUUUCACAGUACAUUGCCUCUCAGGUGUGGUUAGUAUGAAGAGGGAGGGUUGAGCAGGUGAGGGCAUGACUGGAGAAGCUAAACACUGGUUGACAGUGGCCAGGUGGAUCUGUGAAGGGAGAGGACCAGCAGGAGAACCAGUAGUCCUGCUGGGUCAGGAAUGUUGAGAUGAACUUGCAAACUAGAAGCAAGAUGAGUUGAAGAUGUGAACGAAAAUAGCUGUGGUACCUCUUCUUUUUCCCUUGCCCACACACACACAAAGUAGCUCUGUUCCCCUGCUCAGAAAUUGGAACCUCCCAGGAACACUCCCUUUCUGCAGCUUAGCCGCUAGCCCUGGGUUCCUUCAGGAAGUCUAAGACUUUGGCUAGGUGGUGAGCUUGGGGGACCUGGGCUUUGUUUUCUUUCUCCUUCAGCCUCUUUCCAUAUACUUACCCAAAUCCAGGGAUGAGGCUUAAAACCUCAUAGUACCUUAUUGUUUAAUCUGUGACUUGACCCGUGAAGAGCCUUAGAAUCAGCCUUUUAGGAGCUGGGCUUCAGAGCUCAGUAAGGGAGCAGUUUUGGGGCCCAUCCUAGCAGCCUGUUACUGUGAACAAACAGGUGGAUAAAUGGAACACAGCAGCACUCUGAAAGUUUCCAUAAGCCCGAAAUAAACUGUAUUUUUCUUUAAAAAACAAAA